AUGGAGCAGAAAGGAGAUUUAAGGCGGACUUCAGCGCUUUACUGCUGCUGGAUCCUCAUCAGCUCCGUGCUGGCUGAGGACUGGACUCGUCUUCACACUGAGGACGAGCUCUUCAGGAGGCUGUUCGGGGGCUACAGCAAGUGGACGCGUCCGGCGCGAAACAUCACCGACGUGGUCAUCGUCAAGUUCGGCCUCUCGAUCGCACAGCUGAUCGACGUGGACGAGAAGAAUCAGAUGAUGACGACCAACGUGUGGCUGAAACAGGAGUGGACCGACUACAAGCUGCAGUGGAGCCCCUCCGACUUUGACAAUGUGACGUCCAUCAGAGUUCCUUCUGAGCUCAUCUGGGUGCCGGACAUUGUGCUGUACAACAAUGCGGACGGAGAGUUCGCCGUCACCCACAUGACCAAGGCCCACGUGUUUCACACGGGUCGCGUCCGCUGGGUGCCCCCCGCCAUCUACAAGUCCUCCUGCUCCAUCGACGUCACCUUCUUCCCCUUCGACCAGCAGAGCUGCAAGAUGAAGUUCGGCUCCUGGACGUACGACCGCGCCAAGAUCGACCUGGAGCCCUUUGAGAACACGGUGGACCUGAAGGAUUACUGGGAGAGCGGAGAGUGGGCCAUCGUCAACGCCGUGGGCACCUACAACACCAAGAAGUACGACUGCUGCCACGAGAUCUACCCCGACAUCACCUACUAUUUCGUCAUCCGCCGCCUCCCGUUGUUCUACACCAUCAACCUCAUCAUCCCCUGCCUCCUCAUCUCCUGCCUCACCGUCCUGGUCUUCUACCUCCCGUCGGACUGCGGCGAGAAAAUCACGCUGUGCAUCUCCGUGCUGCUGUCGCUCACCGUCUUCCUGUUGCUCAUCACGGAGAUCAUCCCGUCCACGUCGCUGGUCAUUCCUCUGAUCGGGGAGUACCUGCUCUUCACGAUGAUCUUCGUCACGCUGUCCAUCGUCAUCACCGUGUUUGUGCUAAACGUGCACCACCGGUCGUCGGUGACUCACACCAUGCCUCGAUGGGUUCGGAGGCUUUUCCUGUCCGCGGUGCCGCGCUGGCUGUGCAUGAGGCGUCCGGAUCACGGUGUCAGACCUGUCAGGCGGCGCCACCUGAUUGAUAAACUCCUCCCCGUCCGGACUCCAGGCCCCUCCCACAGCGCCUCCGCCUGGAUCACUCAGGAGUCUGCCGUCGACCUCCAUGAAAUGCACGACUGCGAGCUUCACGGGCUCCCGGACGCAGAUCGUGUGGGGAGGUUUGGGGUGAAGAUAGACGGUCAGCUGAUUUCUUCCCCGCGAUGCCUCGGAUACACCCUCCUCCCGCAGAGACACGCCACGCUCUGCUUGGACUGGGACGCCCCUCCUGCGGGCCGCGGUUCCAUCCAGAGCCCGCCGGCCUCUGUUCUGUCUCCUGCGGUGGCAUCGGCCCUGGAGGGGGUGACCUACAUCGCAGAGCAUCUGAGAGCAGAGGAUGCGGACUUCUCAGUGAAGGAGGACUGGAAGUAUGUCGCCAUGGUUGUGGACCGGAUCUUCCUGUGGAUGUUCAUCAUCGUGUGUCUGUUGGGGACAGUCGGCCUCUUCCUGCCUCCGUGGCUCUCGGGGAUGUUUUAG